AUGUUAGCUGGCAUUAGAACACUUCGAGAUAGAUGUCAGCUUUUUGAUAUGAUUUUAAAUGUGGAGGAUAUAGCUCUACCAGUUCAUAGAGUUGUUCUAGCUUCAUGUAGUGAUUAUUUUAGAGCAAUGUUCACUGAUGGACUGAAAGAAUCUAAAGAAGAAAAUAUUAAGUUAAAUGGUGUAACUGCAAUGGGGAUGCGAAAUUUAAUAGAUUUUGCCUACACCUCGAAAAUCAAUAUUGAUCAUGAAAAUGUUUAUGAUGUAUUGGCAGCAGCAAAUCAUGUCCAGAUAUUGCCAGUUAUUUCAGCAUGUGAAGAUUUUCUUAAGUCACAUCUUGAUCUCGACAAUUGUAUCGAUAUUAUGAAUGUAGCUGAACUUUACUGUCUCAAAAACCUUUACCAAGUUGCUCAACAAUUCAUGUGUCGGAACUGGUCUAUAUUUUCAUUGUCUAAUGACUUUUUACGACUGAAUUUUAAAGAAUUUCAAACCUUACUGUCUUCAAAAUUCCCAGUUGACUGUGAUGAAAAAUCUAUCCUAUUAUCAGUAUUAACCUGGGCAGAAUAUGACUCGCAGAAUAGAAACAGUCUCUUUGUUGAAUUAUUCAAAUUCAUCGAGUUCGAAAACAUCAGAAGGGAGGAUAUUGAAGAAAUCCAGUCUACCCCAGUAUGGAAAACUGUAGAGUCUAAUGAAGUGUGCUUAUCUAGAUAUUUAAAUCAGCUUGAUAAAAGUGUGGUUUCAAAAGAUUGGCUCAAGUGUUCAGGUAUAUCAAACUUAAGAGGCUUUCAGCACACCUUGAUAGUAGCAGGAGGCUUCAGUAAUGAAGGAGGGUUGACCAAUUCUGUAUGGUAUUUAGAUCAGUCUUCUGGAAAUUUAAAACAUCUGACCAAGAUUCCUCAUGUAGAUCAGUGCAACUUUGGAAUGGGUGUUCUCAAUAAUAAACUGUAUGCCAUUGGUGGCUGUUUCAAUGAUCAAAUGCAAGAAUUAAUUCAUCCAUUUGGAUUUUGUUACGAUUCUCAAAGAGACACAUGGGAAAGUAUAGCGCCAAUGUCUCAGGAGAGGUGCAAUUUUUACCUUGGAGUACUUGAAGGCAGAUUCUUUGCUAUUGGUGGUGAUCCUCAUGCUACAGCAGGUGCGGCUGAUAUGGCUUUAUGUGAGGCAUAUGAUGCUGAAACAAACACUUGGGUUGAUAUUGAGCCAAUGCCUGGGAACCGAAUGCAGCACACUGGAGCAUCCUUGGGUCGAAGAUUAUACAUUUCUGGUGGCUUACAAGAGCAAGAUGGUGAUGUGUUUGAUGAUUUACUUUGGUAUGAUUUAGAUACUAAUUUGUGGCAGACAGGAUCAUCCAUGAGAACUCCUCGUGCUGAUCACUCCAUGUUUGUAUACAAUGAUAAACUGUAUGUAGUAGGAGGAUGGUUUUACGAUACUCAUACCCAGCAAAGAGUUAUUGCUUCUGCCAUUGACUCCUAUAAUCCUGAGUUAGAUUGCUGGGAAACUGUGGCUACUCUCAAUGAAUGUAGACUGUUUGCAACCUAUACUGUUUAUGACGGUUGUAUUUAUGUUGUGGGAGGAUGGAAGGGAGGUAACUACAGAAAGAAAUGUAAUACUAUUGAUGUGUUUGAUUUAGAACGCGGUGAAUGGACUGAUAAAAAAUGUCAAAGUUUACAGCUAUGGGAACAUUCUAGCUGUACUGCCUACCUUCCAAGAUUUGUAUCUUGA